AUGUUUUCUGUAACUCAGAAGAAAAUGUUCAAAUCAUCGUUACCUGUCUCUGUAAGUAACUUAGAAGGUACUGACAACAAAUGGCUUUAUCCUAGUACGGAUAACGGAGAUGCAAUUCGAAAUGUUUCUACCGAAGAAAAACAAGGAAAACAUUUUGUUGACGUAGGUGUUCCGCUGACGUCUUCACAUCCAUCACAAUUUCAAAAUAUCUCUAGAACAUCAGAUGCUAUUGAUACAGAUGGAAGUCGAUUUAAAGAAAUAAGCAAUAUUACAGAAGAGACUGAAUCUCAAAGAAAUCAGUCUUCGCUUUUCGAUAGAAUUUCUUUUGAACCCACUUUAUCGGAUUUGGAUGAUACGUCUGUCAAAGUAAAAAAGUACAACACUCACCAAAGAUUAGUUACAUUUGGUAAAGAAGACCACCAAGUAUCACAACAUGGCUCGUCUGAGUUAGGAGGAAUUUCCAGGAGUGACUUCAAUUCAAGCCAAAAGUAUGAGGACCCGACAUUUCACGGAGAGAUGGUACAGGUUGAUGAUGCAAAUGCGACAGAAAUUCCACAACUAACAUCAGCAAAUGACUUUUUGGUAUACGAUGAGAAUUCUUAUGAUCUUUUACCUGAAGAAAGUUUGGGAGACGAAAAGAACAGCAGUGAAAAUUUAGAUGAAGUGCAUGAUGAUAGGAUGAACACCUCUGUGCAUGUUGAAGGGACUGUAGAAAAAUGGGGACGUGGCGGACAUUCGAUUAAACCAACAACAUCACUGUCUGAUGAUAAAAACAUGGAUGACAUUGCAAAGAAAGACACAGAAAACGAUCCGUUAAAACCUCAACCAUCGUACAUAGAUGAGGGUGAACAUCUAUUAGCAGAGAUAGAACUCGGAGAGUCAUUUCCUCAGUCAGAAGAUAAAAAGAUACCCCAUACACCAGAAGAGGAAUACCGUGAACAUCAACAUCACAUGGGUGCCUCCCCUAUUAACCGAGAUAUUCAUCAACUACAUCAAAUCUUACCAGAUAUUCUGGUUGAAGAACCUGAUAUCUCACACAAACCAACUGUUUUUCAAACGACAACUGCUUUAAAAGACACUGAAAAGCAUGUUAAAAUUUCUGAAACAGUAAAAAAAGAAACUGUUCCAGCAAUUGACAUUGACAAACAGGUGUUCUUUAAGGGAUCAGAUAUAGAUAAAGAAAAGAAAAGAAUCGCAGGAAGAACAGAAGCAUCGAAACUGGACUUUUUUGAACACGAUUCGUUCCUGAAGCCCGAAACACUUAUGAUGGAGACAACUGAAGAAACUCAAACAGAUGCUAAGGAUUCUCCGUCUACAAAUAUUAUUGAACAAGAAGUAACUGGGGAAAGAACUGAAGAGAACAUUUUACAAACAGCUGAAAGCAAAAUACCUCCAACUGAUCUCGGUUUUAAAACAAAAGAAGACCCAUUUGAUUCUCAUAAGAAAUCUACUCAUGGAGUUAGAUCUGAAAUACCUUCACUAGGAUUUAACACUAAAUUUAUAACUAAUGAAGGAUCUGCCUUACCAACAAUAACAGCAGGGCUUCAAGAAAGUCAGUCUUCAUUCCUCCAUCCGUCUAAUUCUGUCCCAAAAAUUGAGACACAAGAUGUGCCAGGUAAAUUAAUCACUGAACAAGGUGAGAAAACGUCUAAAGAAAGCUAUACGGGAACAACACGUGAUAUCAAGGCUGAUCCAGACAUGAAAACGUUAGGAUUGCUUCAACCGAGGAAAGAGGUGAAGACGUUCAAUAAAACUUCAGGCCUGCAAGACAAACUUGAUAUUGUUAAAUCGGAUACUACUUUGUUUGGUAUCGAAGAACUAAGAAUACAUGAAUAUAAACCACAAAGCACAUUGCAAGGUAGCGACAAAUCACAAAGUCAACACCAUCAACAUCUAGAUGGUAUUUUACAAAGUACUGAUAAAUCUAGAAGUCGUCAACCGACCACAAAGGUUGGUACUUUACAGAGUGGGAAACCAUUUGAAACAGAUGUUACCAUUAAGGAUUCUGGUAAAUUAAAAGAAUAUAAAGCACCUGCGAAAUAUGUUACAUUACAAGGUAGACAAACAUCAAUGAAAUCUGAAUCAACAGUAAUGGAUGGUACCGCACACGAUAUUGAUAGAUCGAGAAGUCCUAAAACAAUUCAGAUCGAUGAUAGCUUAUAUAGCAGUGGCAAUAAAUUACAUGGCUAUGAAUCAUCGACACAGCUCCAUGAUACUUAUGAACAUAAAGCUACUCAUGUGAGAGACAGCACUUCAUUUAGUAGGGAGAAAUCAAAAAAAUUUGAAACAACUCUACUAGACAGUAUUUCUCAGGCUGCUGAAGAAAAACGGCUACCUAGCUUAUCUCAUCUAGAUGGCGCAUCACUUGGUGCAGACAUAUCAAAAAUAUAUGUGGAGCCAACACAAGCAGUCAGUACCUUGAGAGAUACAUCUCAAUUACAUGAAGUCUCAGAUGGCAGAGGUGAUUCAAGAGGACAUACACCGAUUCAAGUAAAUCAUACUAUGCAACAUAUAGAAGAAUUAAGAGGACAACAGCCAACUCAGUUAUAUGGUACCUUGCCUGAUGAAGAUGAACAUAAACAUACACCAGUUCAGCUGGAUGACACAUUGCUUGGCAUUGAUGAAUCACAUAAACAUGAAUUGUCCCAUGUAGACAGUACCUCACCAGGUCCAGAGAAAGAAAUAUUUCACGAGACGAAACAACAUAAUACUUCCCAUAGUAUAGAUGAAGUUAGAAGACAUGAGAUGAUUAAAUUGCAAAAUAUUUCAUAUGACAUUGGGGAAUCGAAGAGGAAUGAAUCUACCCUGGUACUCAACGAAUCACGUAGUAUUGAUGAAUUAAAGGAACAUAAACCCAUUCAACUGAACACUACCUUAGAUAGUACAGAUAUAUCGCAUAGACUUGAACCUUCUCUACUAGAUAGUACCUCACAUGGUACUAGUGAAUUCUACAGGCAGGAAUCAACUAUUGUAGACGAUGCUUUGCAUGGUAUGCGUAAAUCAAAAGAAUACGAACCAACUCAAGUAGAUGGUACGUUGAACGUUGGUACAAGUAAACUGAAUGAAUAUGAACCGACUAUCGAUGGUACUUUGCAUGAUACAAGUGAAUUAUAUAAGCAUAAUCAAUCUCAGUUAUAUAGUACUUCACAUGGUACAGACGCAUCUAAAAGGCAAGAACCAGUUCAGUUAGAGGGUACCGUGAACAUUGGUUCAGAUGAACAGGGCGAAUAUGAAACGACUCAAAGAAGUGGUACUUCUCAUGACACAGGACGACUUAUUAACAAUAAAUCAUCUCUGUUAGAUGGUAUUUCAGAUGGAUUUAAUAAGUCCCAUGUGCAGGAACUGAUUCAAAUAGAUGGUAUCUCAUAUGAUACAGGUGAUUUGCAUGGACAUACACUCUCUAAAUUAGAUGGUACCAUACGUGAUACAGGUGAACUGUAUGGACACAGGCCAACAGAACUAGCUAGUACUCUUCAUGGACAUAAACCGACUCAAACAGAUGACAUCUCGCAUAUUACAAAAGGAUUAUCUGAACAAGAAGCAUCACUGCUAGAUAGUUCUACUUAUAGUACGGGUGAAUUAAAUACUCAUGGACCAACUCAGUCCGAAGGUAUCCCAUCACAUAGUAUAGAUGGACUACAAAGUAUAAGUGGACUACAACUGUCUCAAUUAGAUCGUAGAAGACAGGAUACAGAUGAUCUACCUGGAUACAAACCAUCAUCUCCAGAUAGUACUCCAUAUAGUAUAGAUGGACUACAUGGAUAUGAAUCGUCUCAAGUAGAUGGUAUUUCGUAUAGAAUAAAGGAAUCAACAAGUCAUAAAUUAACUCAAGCAAAUGGUAGCUUGCAUAAUGUAACAGAAUCAAGAAACCAUUCAAAGCCGCAACAGUAUGAUACUUGGCAUAGUCUAAAUAAAUAUGAAACUACUCAAUCAGAUGGUAAUAGGCAGCACGGAGAAGCAACGAAAACAGAUGAUAGUAUUAAAUUAACUAGUUAUCAAAUACCUAAACGAACUGGUGUCUCUCUGGAAAGCGAUGGAUCCUCGAGACAACAUGCUACAUUACAUGUUACAGAUGAUAAUUUACAGGAUUCUGAAAGUAAUGUAAUGGGUGAUAGCUCACAUGUUACAGACAAAAUGAAAAGCCACAGACCAUCUGAAUUUGAUCAUACAGUGAGCAGUUCUGACAAAUCUAGAAUUAAUCAGUCAGCUAAUCAAUAUAUUAGCUUGGAUGAUACUGAUAAAUCGAAAACAUUGGAUAAUGCUUGGCGUAGAACUGAUGAGUUGGGAAUUUUUCAAACGCCUAAAACUGACAUUAUAUAUCAGAGUACUGAAAGACCAAAGAGUUAUGAACCUGUAAAGACAUAUGACUUGUUGCAUGGUUCAACUAACGUAGAUGGUACCUUACAAGAUGCUGAUAUAUUGAGCAGUUACGAUCCAUCACGACCAGAUGCUAGCUCACAUAGUACAGAUAAAGAAGGAGUGUAUGUGUCAAAAACUGAUGAAGCCUCACAUGGAACCGAUAAAAUAAUCAGUUAUGAUCCAACGAAAAUUUUCGGUACCUCACAUGAUGCAGAUAGAAUAAAAAGCUCUUAUACAAUGCAAGUUGAUGACACACCACGUCAUACAUCGAAAUAUAUCGAUAGAAUAAAGAGUUAUGAUCCGACAAAAGUGAGUGAUGGUUUCCAAGUUAGUGUUAAAUCAAAAUUUUCUGAACCAACUAAGACAGGAUCUUCCAUUGCUGAAUCAGUAUUAGAUAAACAUACACCAACCACAUAUUCAAAAUCUGGUGAUGGGAUUCUCAGAGAAAGCAGUGGAUAUGAGUUUUUACAUCCAGGUUAUCGGACAACUAUUAAAUCAAACGGCAAAAGUUGGAUAAAGGCACCAUCAUUAGAUAAUGGCUUUAGAAAAGAAAUCCAAGAUACUGAUCACCAGAUAAGCGCUGGCACCUUGUACCAAACCUCUUUUACUAAUAAGCAUUUUGACAGGGACGGGAUGAAGAUUUCAGCAACAACACAAAUCAAAGGAGAAAAGGCAGUAAAAUACGGUGACGUAGGCAAAAAAGUCGAUAGAGGUGAACCGAAAUUUGUUAGUUCAACGUCAGAACCAUCAAAAGAUGGUAAAGUCUUAUCAUUAGAUGGGGAAACGCAAAGAAAAACAGGCGAGAAUUAUGUUGAUAGUCAUAAGAUGCCUGUAGACAUGCCUGGCGGGAAAACAGAAACUUCUACUGACGCAACAUUGAAACUGGUUCAUGACACUAGUCUUUCUUCUUCAGGCGGUCGAGUAAGCAAAACUAAGGAAACCGGAAAACAUUCGGCUUCUGAACUGACCCAUGCCUAUCCGUCUCUGGUCACUAGAUCGCCAGUCGAUAAACAGAAGACUGAAAAAGACCUUGCCAUUAAUGCAUCAGCCAAACGGACUGACGAUUUAUCUUCAGUUAUUUUCACUGACAGUAUUACUAAAGAGAGGCUAUCGACUAAAUCUGAAGACUUUCCCAAAGAAAAUGUGAUGGAUAGUUUUUCAUCUCUUAAACCAAAAGUGUCAUCGUCUAGAACUUCUGCCCAACACCAAACGUUUUCAGGCAUUUCAUCAAUAUUAGACAAGAAACAAGAUCAAAAUCAAUUAAAAACACUCCUUGAUCUUCCUUCAACUUUAUUAUUCGGUCAGCUAAUGGAUGUAGGUCUUACUUCAAAAGGUUCACAUCCUGAAAGUCAAGACACACAUUCAUCAAUAGAGGUUGAUGUUGACCGUACAGAACAUUUUCAUGGUUUUGAUGCGCUCCGACAACUAACGGGAUCUGCUCCAAAAGAAAAAGAGAAAAUUGUUACAGAAAUUGCUUCAGAUUUAUUUCAGACCAAGCACCAAGAUAUGAAGCCCUUCAUUGAAAAGAAAAUCCCGACUGUUAAAACUCCAACUGUAAAAUCCAAACAGAGUGUUGAUAAAUCACGAUUUAGUGGCCUCAAGAAUGUUUCUCCCCGACAUCCUGGUAAAUCCAACGAAAGUAUAUUUUCUGACUUUGAUACAGAAUCAGACCAAAUUCCUAUUCAACAUACCAUAACAAUGACUCCUCACACUAAAGCUAAAGGUAGUGCCACAGAUAUUGAUCACAAGUCAAAAUCACCCGAAAGAGAUGAUAGUAAACUUCAGAAAAUAACGCAGCCAUACAGCGUUAAAGUAGAACCCGGUUUAGAAACGGAUCUAAUCGAUGAAGGUAUUCCACUUCCAGAAUACACUAGCUUUAUCAAUUACCAAGAUUCUAUUGAUCCCGGAGCAUCAACAAGUGAGGUACCUAUCCAUAUACUGAGCACAUUUAACAAAAGUUUCACAAAAACAGAUGAAUCAGAAAAGUCAUUUCCCGAAACGUUACACAGUAAUAUUCCAUCAUACGAAACACCUGUCCUUGAUUUUACAGAAGAUGAUCGAAAAAUCCCUAUGGAUAGAACAACCCCUAAUGCUUAUUUAGAUAUUUUAAGUUCUAAGAAACAGCGAUUUCAUGCUAGUUAUUCUCCAGAUCAGUAUCAAGAACCAACAAAAACUGGAAGACCAUUCGCUACAACUGGAUAUCCUUCAAUGAUUGAACAUUUUGACCGAAACGAUAUCAUGAAAUUCCAUAUUCCAGGUGAUACUACAAUUAGUACACAUCCUGAAAGUAUUCUACCGCACACACCAAAGACUCCUACGGGAAAAACAACCCAGUUUAGAAAAGGAACUCCCGGUAUAACUAAUAAUAUGAAAUCUUUGAGACAACAGUCAGAUAGAUUUUUGCAGAUAGUCACUCCAUCAACAACAAGAAGUGAUAUAAAAAAUAUAUGGGAAGACAAUUCAAAUUUAAUGUUAAACUUAUAUGAAACUGCGAGAUUUACAAAAGCUUCCUUUCUUCGCAAAAACGAAUCGGCUUAUUAUUUGGUAGAGAGUGUGGACAAUGUAGCCAGAUCUCUGAAGCUCAAGCUACUUGAAAGAGAAACAUGUAUUUGUUAUUUUACUAAGCAAACAGUUGAGGUUUCCUGCAAGCAAGAAAUGAUAGGCCGUAUUGUUAAGCUGACUCUACCAAGCAAGGAACGGGAUUUAAAUAUAAUGUGCAGUGUGAAGACAUACGAUGAUUCUUGGAAAGGCUAUGAGUCUUGUUUGGAAGGUCAUAAGUACUGCGACCAUAUGUUUGGAACUCGCUUCCGUAAGUGUAUGCUGCAACUCGGGCGGGAAAAUCUACUGAAGUAUUAUACGAUGUGUAAUACAGUGAUGUGUCGUGAAACUGGAGACAUGGAGCAAUGGAAGAACGAUGCAUGCGACGUCAUCGAUGCCUUAGCACACGAGUGUGAAAUAAUUGGUAUCAAAGUGUCAUGGCGAGAAGUGACCAAGUGCUAUAAAAAAUGUCCCGAGAAUAUGACGUUUAAGCAUAACGUAUCCGUGUGUAGAAUAACCUGUGAUAACUAUAAUACACAAAUAAAGUGUCCUACUGAUGAAACGGAGUCUCGGUGUGACUGCAGAGACGGUUAUGUUCUGAGUAAAGAAACGUGCGUUCCAGUCCAAGAAUGUGGUUGCAUCUACCAAGACAAUUUCCUGGAGGUUGGUCAGACGGUAACAUUAUUUGGCUGUCAAAUGAUGGCUGUAUGUGUCAGGGACAAGUUUGGUUGGAGUAAUAUAGAGUACCAUGAACUACCAGGAUGUAGCCCACGAGAAUCAUGCCAUCUUGUCAACGAAAGUUAUGAAUGCAUUGUUCAUUGUGGAGGUGAAGUAUGUCAUGAAAAUGCUACAUGUGAAGAAAACAAAUGUAGAUGCCAUGUAGGACUGUACGGUGAUGGAGUUACAACAUGUAGAAGCACCCUAGGUGUAUGUUCCUGCUUGGUGUCUGGAUUAUCUCGUUACCGAACAUACGACGGUCAGAUGAUCCACUACCUCUCUACAUGUCCUGUAGAAUUAACAACGACUGCUGGUCAGAGUGAUGACACAAAGCUAUCUGUCUACUCCACAACGCUAUUCAGUAAUGAACUUAUGCUAUCAUUUGGAACACGGCGCUACAGGACGGCGAAUGUCACAAUAAAUGGACUGAAUAUUUAUAUGGACACGAGUGGUAAAGUUUAUGUGAACGACGUGAAGAUAGCGUUACCAUUCAAAGACAAUGAAAUCAACGUGAGUAUAAGCUACACAGCAGGAUGGAUAACAAUCUGCUCAGAAGAUGGAGUGACGGUCAGUUAUGACAGCAAACAUCGAAUUAAGAUGUUCUUACCAAAGGAAUACCGAGGUAAACUGAAUGGUAUCUGUGGAAACUGUAACGGCGUACAUGACGAGCUCAAAACUAGACAUGGCGUAACUACGACCAAUUCUGAAAUCAUUGGCAAUAGCUAUUCACUGAAUGGUUCACAUUCUUGCGGACCAGUAUCUAUCAAGAAAUGCGAAAGAGGUGUUAAACGCUGUGAACUCAUGCGGUCGGGAAUGUUUGCAGACUGUCAUCCUUAUUUAGAUGAUGGUCUUGUACAAAGUUACUAUGAUUCGUGUAUGCAUAUGACCUGUGCAUUUAGAUCCUACACCGACUACAUGGAUAAGCUAACUUGUGCUGCACUGGAGAGCUUAGACACUGAAUGCAUGAGCCGUGGUUAUAUCGUGGAAUGGCGAUCACAGCGACUGUGCCCUGUAAGUUGUUGUAGACCAAUGAUGUAUAACCAACACGUGAAUGAAACAGAAGAAAGUUGUGUUCCCUCACUAGAAGUCUGUCCGAUAAGACCUGUAGAUGGAUGUACAUGUGCUGAAGGAUAUGUAUUAGAUAAUAACAAAUGUGUUCUCCCUCGAGACUGUGGUUGUUGGUACAACAAUUCUCUCUAUAUUCAGCUUGGUGAAACAAUACAUUUACCCGGUUGUAAUACAAUGGUCCAAUGUCGUAAAAUUGCAACAGGCAAAAGAAAUCUUGUAAUAACAAAUUUACCUGACGGCUGUGGUAACAACUCUAUGUGCAUUCUAAAAGACCACAAAUACCAAUGUAUAUGUGAAGAAGGAUUUGCUCGCAAUAAGAAUGACACAUUCUGUCUUAAAAUACCAGAAUGUGGUGAUCAACCAGUGGAUGUGGUAUUUGUGGUGGAUGUCUCUGGAAGUAUUAAUGUUACCGGACUGAACAGUACCAAACAUUUCCUCACACAUUUCAUCAACUCAACAAACAUAGGAAAGAACAACAUGCAAAUCAGCAUCUUGUUGUUCAAUGAUAAACCUCACAGCUUAUUUCAGUUGAACAGAUACACAGAGAAAAAACAGAUGCUUGAUGCCGUCUAUAAGAUCGGACCACCUGAAGGAACUACUUACCUGGGACGGGCACUUGUGUUUGUUGCUUUGGUCAGUUUGCAAGAGAAAAUGGGUGCUAGAGAACAUGUGAACCGGGCUGUUGUUAUUUUGACAGAUGGUGUUCUCCAUGAUGCGGAGAGAGCUGAAAGGUGGGGUGCCCUGCUUAGAAGACAAAAGAAAGCGGAACUGUUUGCCAUUGGUGUUGGAGAAGCUGACCCAGCACAACUACAAAGAUUAACUAGAAACAGAAAUAAUGUUUUUUACGUUCGAGAAUAUGUUCAGUUGAAUGGAAUUAUGGAUAUCUUACUGCAGAGUGUCUGUAUGUAAAGAGUAUUAACCAAAAUAUUUUGGAUACAGAACAAAAGCUGUAAUAUUUUGUUAUAUUGGAUUUUGAAACUUUCAUUCAAAAGAGGGGUUUAUUUUUACUUUUUUUAUCUUUUAUUUUUAGAUAUAAUUAACUUUAUAGGAUUUGAGAUUAAUGUGACUCUGUAUAAUAUUAAACAUUCUAUAAUAUAAAACACUCUAUUUAUUCUGA